GAAAGGUCAUAAUCAAACAAAAUUUGUUGGUACCCAUGAACAUGAAAUCGUUAAGAAACUACCCAAACAUUCUGGCCAGACACUGCAAACAAAUAGAAGAACUAAAGGCAACGGUAUUUACAGAACACGAAUUUGCAGUUCUCAGACAAAAACAAGCGUUUGAAAUGGCUACUCAUCAUUUUAUAACCGGACUUUUCAAAAAUAAAACUACAAACAAUACAUUUGGAUACAUUCCGAUAUCUAAAAAUACGUUUCAGCACAAGAAUGCACCACAUACAGGUUUAACCUGUGAGAUUAUGAUGAUUAAGCCUUUCGAUAUUCUUAAGGUGUUCCAAAAUGAAGAAACAAUUGUUUCGUUCAAAGCGCUGAGCAAUUUGUCGUAUUUUUACGAGAUGAUGGUGUUUUCGCCGAUACCAAUUGUUAUUUUCCCGAUCAACACGCUCAAAAUGGUUAGAGAAUUCCUUUCGUUGUGCUAUGACACCAAGAAAGCCACAGAUGAGAUCGUGCUUGUGUUUGAUGUGGGUGCAUUUGAACUGGUGCUGAUGGAACCGUAUGUUGCACUAAAUUUUGGACUUGAUAUGGAGACGGAUGAAAUUAUACAAAAUGGCGGUAUUUACAGCUUUUUUAUCGGAUUUAUUUACCAAAAACUGUAAAGUGCAAGGUAUUACAGGUGUUAUCGAUGUUCUUCACAGAAAAUAGUACAUAAGAACCAAUAGCUGCGCUCCAUUUACAUUGCUAUCUAUGCCGGAACCAUUAUCUCUUCGGGCAAACGCCAAACAUAACAUCUAUCUUAAGUAACAAUAAGAACAAAAUUGGUGAGUGUAUAACCUAAACAUAAAUAAAGAUAG